AUGGCGACAGGAGCGCCUGCUGACAAUCCCAUCACCACGGUAAGCAUAGAAUCGGUUGUUGAUGUGAGUUAUAAGGAAUCGUUAGUUGCCACAUACUAUUCUGUAAAAUAUAGUAGUAGUGUCAACGGCCAGACUUAUGGUAGCGUAGAGUGGUAUUUUAUGGGUAAUCCUGACAUAACAAUUUGUCUCGGGGACAUAGGGGUUAUAAUCUAUAGUCCUUGUAAACAAGGGCACCAUUGUGCCCUGGGCUGGGUCAGGUCAGUCAGGAGAGGCCAGGGCGCUGGCAUGGCACUUGUGCCGCAGUUCAGUACUACCUGUCGUCGAACAUGGGCGUUCGCAAGGGUUUAUCUUGGUACUACCAGGCAGUGUGAGUGUGCGUGCAGGAGGGAAACAAAAACCGAAGGUAUACAGCUGCGACGGGCAGUGGCGAAGUACCAAGAGUCUGGGACGUGGGCAGAGACGGUUGACGAAAUGGAACAGGAAAUUGAAGAUCUGAGGAGAGAGGUGGAUCUGCUGAGAGCUGAGCGAGCUAAUCAGCAAGAGGCGGCUCGACAUGCGGUGCCAGAUUCCGUGGGAGGUGCCGUAAGGGCGACACCAGUGGAAAUGGUGCAGAGAAGUCACUGUGUCCCUAUGUUCAAAGGAAAGGAAGAUGAACUGACAGGAGGCGAAUGGAUUACCCGUGUUGAGUCCGAAAUAGAACGGACCGCAAUCCUGGGAGAUGCCGCGAAGGUAAACUUUAGAGUCAGUUACAUCCACCCCGACCAGGGGAGGGCAAAGACUGCUCAAAUGAUGACCUCUUAAUAUAUCUCGUGGGAGGAGUUCAAGAAGGGUAUUCUGGCUCAAUUCUCCCAGAAGAAGAAGGUUUGGAAUGAAUGCCUAAGAGAUGCCGAAAGAUAUAGGGAUGAGUCCUUCGAAGAGUGGAGGAAUAGCGACAGAGCUAUCGAAAUGAAUUUCACUCUUUUAAGAGUGUGGCCUUUUCCAGUGGAUAUGUUCUUCUCCAUAACCAAGAGAACUUUGGCAACAACUAUGGUGGGCUGUGCUUUGGAUAAGUACAAAAUAGGAGAAGAAUGGGAUAUACCAAAGUUAAGGACCACACCAUACUCUCAAAUCAUGGAAGAUUUUAGGAGAUGGGUGGAAAAGAACCCAGAAAAUGAUUUACAGUUCCAGUCAACUCUCCGACCUAGAUUUAAAACAGGGGUUCAACAUUCACGUAUGUCGAAGUCAACAGGAGCCAGACCCAAGAACCCUGUAAAGCUUAAAUGUUUCUUCUGUGAAGAGGAGGGACAUAUGGUCAUAAACUGUCCACUGAAGAAAAGUUAUGAUGCUAGCAAAGAGUCAAAAAAACUCUUCGGCUCCGUCCCAGGGGGACGGCAACGAAAAGGAAUAAAAGUAAAAGAUAAAAUGGUAUGGGCAGGAGUUGAAUGCCUCAUCAUUCCUAUUUUAGCGUCUUCUCUUCCCAGAUAUCUAAUGACUAAGGUAAAGGUACCUAAUAGUCGAAAGUCUUUUACUGCAGUUUGGGACUCCGGGGCCAGCCCAACAUUGGUUAAGUAUUCUAUGUACAGGGAACAGGAGGAGGUGAAAGAGAGGGGCCACAAGGAUCCAAGGAACCUUCCUUCUCCGCUUGAACCACGUGAACUGCUCGUAAAUGGAAUACUUGAGGGAGAACCGGUGAAGGCACUAGGGGAGGCCCAAAUGACCUUCAAAAUGGGAGGAAAGGUUUUCUCUCAUAAAUGCUAUGUAUUUCAGGACGAGAUCAUUAACUUUCCAGGGGAUUGUGAUGUUCCUGUUGGUUCGUCCUUAAUGCACCAGUAUAAAUUACUACUAGAUUUUGAUAAAUGGAGAAUUUGUCAAGGAUCUAAACUCCUGCAGAGAGGUAUAAUAAAUAAGGAGGGGAACAAACCGGUUAGAUCACCUCACCCAGUGAAUGAGAUUCUGGAGGACCAGAAUAAGGAAUCUAAGGAAGAUUUAACAGAGGAUCAAAUUGACUCUCAUGAAUAUGUAGUGGUUUCGUUGGAAACUAUCACUACCUCCAGGUAA